UGCGCAGAACCAACUGAAGCGAAUGUGCGUGAGGUGACAGCUGUCCCGAUGAUAUCGAUGAACGUAUCCAGCAGCGAUAACAGCCUUCCCCAGAACAGCCACGGCAAAAAGCAGAAGAAGAAAAACAAGAAGCACCGCAAAGCAGCGGCAGCAGCACUGGAGAUCUCUAGUUUGGAGCUGGGACCCCAGAUCCCCUCCUCCGAUGAACUGUGCCACAUCCUCACCAUCCACAGAUCCACCAUCCCUCCAGAGUCGCCCCCGACGUCCCCGUUAAACCUUUCCCAGAGUCCUCCAGACCUGCAGACUCCGGCCCACAUCCCUCACUCCAUUCCCAUCACAGUGGUUUCCUCACCCAGUGUCCUCUCGUCUCCAGACACAUCUUCCACUCCCAUAGCACCUUCACUGUGUCUACCUGCCGUUCUCUCCACGACUCCUCCCACUACACAGGCCCCGGCCAAUCAGACGACCCCACCACAAGCUCUGAGCCCUCCCCCUCCAGACUUUUCCCCGCCCCCAGCUGAAUUACUCGGGUCAGAUGAUGAGGAGCAAGAGAAUCCGUCAGAUUACUGUAAAGGAGGGUAUUAUCCAGUGAAGAUUGGAGACCUGUUUAAUGGCAGAUAUCAUGUGGUCAGGAAACUGGGAUGGGGCCAUUUUUCCACUGUAUGGCUGUGCUGGGAUCUACAGCGGAAAAGGUUCGUGGCACUGAAAGUGGUUAAAAGUGCCCAGCACUACACUGAGACUGCACUAGACGAGAUUAAACUACUGAAAUGUGUGCGAGACAGCGACCCCACAGACCCCAAACGAGAAAGGAUAGUUCAGCUCAUUGAUGAUUUUAAAAUCUCUGGUGUCAAUGGUGUUCAUGUGUGUAUGGUACUAGAAGUGCUUGGCCACCAACUGUUGAAAUGGAUCAUCAAAUCCAACUACAUGGGUUUGCCUCUGGUCUGUGUGAAGAGCAUUCUUCGACAGGUUCUCGAGGGCUUGGAUUACUUGCACACGAAAUGCAAGAUCAUCCACACAGACAUAAAGCCAGAGAAUAUCCUGCUGGAUGUGAAUGAGGUGUAUGUGAGACGGCUGGCAUCGGAGGCCACGUUAUGGCAGAAGGCUGGAGCUCCGCCCCCUUCUGGCUCCUCCGUUAGCACGGCACCAAGGGAAAAACAGGUAUGUUCAGAGUUGUGCCUGCUGAAAUACAGAGAGGAUGUAGUUUGUCCUGGUGAAAAAACCCUGGUCACAGUGAACGGUAACGGACACUCUAUAGGAGCACUGAAUAAACACAGUCCAGAAUCAGGCUCGUCGUGGUUGGAGGAGGGCUGUAACGGCUUCGGGCCCCUGCGCUUCUCCAGCCCUGGAUCGGGCCUGUCCGGCAUGUCUAGCUCCAUCCUGUCAGCUACCUCUGAGUCGGCUCUGUCUACUCUGUCCGGAUACUCCACGGAGCGCUCACUGCUCUCUCCCAACACAUACUCUGCUGCUGAUUUCUUAGUGAAUCCUCUAGAACCUCAGAACGCAGAUAAAAUACGCAUCAAGAUUGCAGACCUAGGCAAUGCAUGCUGGGUGCACAAGCACUUUACCGAGGACAUCCAGACGCGUCAGUACCGAGCUCUGGAGGUGCUGAUCGGAGCCGAGUACGGACCCCCCGCUGACAUAUGGAGCACUGCGUGUAUGGCGUUUGAGUUGGUGACUGGAGACUAUCUGUUUGAGCCUCACUCAGGAGAGGACUACACUCGAGAUGAAGAUCACAUAGCUCACGUCAUUGAGCUGUUGGGUCCCAUUCCUCCACACUUUGCCCUGUCAGGCCGAUACUCCAGAGAAUACUUCAACCGAAGAGGUGAGCUGAGGCACAUCUCCACCCUGAAGCCGUGGGGGCUGUUCGAGGUGCUGCUGGAGAAGUAUGAGUGGCCACUGGAUCAAGCAGCCCAAUUCAGCGACUUCCUGCUCACCAUGCUCGAGUUCAUCCCAGAGAACCGCGCCACAGCUGCCGAGUGUCUACAGCACCCCUGGAUCAACUCCUAACCCGCUCUGUUUUCCUUGUAUUCACUGCGUUUGUGCGGUCUGUGUCAUUUUGGUCCGUCUGAUCACUUGGUGCACACAUCCACCUUUCAGAGCAUAAACUCACUGCUAAGGUAAAACAUACUGGAGAUACAGAAUCUGAGCACAGACCUAGCUAGAACCUCAAACCUAUUGUUUUUUUAUAUAUAUAUUUAAAUAAGCUUUGAUCUCUGAACAUGAUGCAGAUAUGUCUGUAGUCUGUCGAGUUUUCAUUGUACGGUCAUUUAAUUGUUUAGAAGGGUCACAUAUUUAUGUUAAAAUAGUGCCUUGACAUGCCAUCUGCAAAAAAACAAAA